UAAGGGUGGAUGAGUGACAGGCUGCUUAGUGAUUUGCAUGGCUCCAGCGUUUAAAAGGAGCUGCAGGUGCAGGAUUCUCCACACAGAUGAAUGGAUUUCUCUCCAAGCACAGAUGCUCUGGGACAGUCUGCAUGUGACUCUUUGGUAGCCGGUAGAGCUUUGUUGACUGGAAUUUUUAUUUUUCAUUUUAUUUUUGCAAGAUCUGAAAACUCUCACUGAGACCAGUAUGAGGAAUGCGUGGUUUUCCGGUGCCUAUCGUCGCUUAUAUAUAUAGACACAAAAUUCCGCUCAGUAUGGAGACGUUUCAACCAGCUGACAACUGAAUCAUACAGACUUUUUUCUUUCUUUCUUUCUUUUUGCGAUGUCAACGCUGAUAUUUGUGCAGCUCCUUCUCCUGGGGUUAAGGAUCAUCGAUUCGACCACAGACACAAGGAAACAGUGUACAGAUUUACUCCCCCUGGAUCUCCUGUCCUUUGUCCUGGAGAGGGACACAUCCAAACUUGUGCCAGGGGUGCAGAUGAAGACGGUCGGAGGGGUGAGGGGCAUCCACUUCUCGAGCCCUUGCACAUCCAUGAGCUUCCCCUCCUCCCAGCUACUGCCAAACUGUGAAGUCUUCCCUGAAGAAUUCUCCAUUGUUUUGACAUUAAAAGUCAGCAGCUCUGUAUCCAAGAGAGAUGAGUAUGUCUUUUCCUUGAUGGAGCCCAAAAAAGUAGAGAACAGAGCAGUGGAGGACAAGGAGCAGGAUGGGGCCGGCGUUGUGGAAAGGAAUAAAGAAAAGGGAAUCAGUGGAGAAGUGCAGCAGAAAGAGAAGAAGCGAGCCAGGAGCAAUGGCGAACGUGGGCGGAUCGUUCUGGGACUGAGGUUGUCGAGAAAACGCCUCCACUUCCUUUUUAAAGGCCACGGCGAUCUCGUGGAGCACUGGGUGUUUCGAGGCACUCCAAUGGCUGACAACAAGUGGCACACUCUUGUUUUGGCCAUCGGUAGUCGUCAUGUGAGGCUCACGGUGGACUGCAAAGCCCCGCUUGAAAUUGUUCCCUCCAGGCCUUUCCCCUCAGACUUGAACAUUCAAGGAUCAAGAUUUCAUAUUGGCAGUCGGGGGAAAUGGAAAGGCUUGUUUUCAGGUCUGCUGCGACAGCUGGUUCUGGUACCAGGUUCAGACGCCACCCGUCAAAUCUGCCCCUCUUCUGAUCCCCAGCUGGCAGCCCUGUCAGUGCCUCCUCUUCUCCUAGACCUGCCCGUCACGGGGAGGGAGGAUGAUCGACAUGUGACGUCCUAUGAGGGGCGUGUGUCUGUGGGCUUGGAGAGGUCGUGCUCGGAGCUUCACAGAGGUCAGAUGUGGUUUAAUCCCCUCAAGAAGGGCCUCUACCUCUGUGACGGUACCACAUGGGUCACUGUAUUGGAAGAUCACAAAAGGCUGGACUAUGUGUUGGAACAUCAGGUCCUCUCCACCAGCUCAGAGACGCAUGAUGUGGAGGUCUUCCAGGUGCCUGGUGUGGGUCUGAUGGCUGCUAUGGCUCACCGCUCCACAGCCUCUGGCUCUGCCGUGUAUCUGUGGACCCACACAGGUUUCCAGCUCUACCAGAAUAUCAGCACCUACGGAGCUUUGGCUUGGAGACAUUUCAGCAUGGGCAAGAAGACAUUUCUGGUGGUGUCUAAUUCUGGGGAAGAGCCAGGCAAAAGGUUAAGCAAAGAGAAGGAGAGGGACUUUUCUGUGAUUUACAAGUGGAGCAAAAAAAGGAAACGGUUUGUGAGGUUCCAGACUGUGCAGACCCACUGUGCACGAGACUGGGAGGCAUUUGAUAUCAAUCAACAAACCUAUCUUGCUGUGGCCAAUCAUAGACAAGGUGACAAUAAUCACACCAUAGACAGUGUGAUAUACAAGUGGAGCAGAUUAACAAAGUCUUUCGAGGUGCACCAGAAGCUGCAGACUUCGGGUGCUUACGACUGGGAGUUCUUCACUGUCGGACCGUACCAUUUCCUGGUGGUUGCAAACGCAUUUGACGGGGUGACCACUUCUGUAGACUCUGUCAUAUACGUUUGGGUCAAUGGAAGCUUCCAGGUGUUUCAGACCAUCAAGACAUUCUGCGCCACAGACUGGGAAAUGUUCCAGAUUGGCAGCAGGGUUUUUCUGGUUGUUGCCAAUGGACACAGACUCCACGGUAAUGGGCCGAGUCAAUACACCAUCAACUCCACGAUCUACGAACUGGACGUGAUUGGACGACUGUUUGUUCGCUUCCAAGACAUUGUCACCUACAGUGCAGUGGAUUGGGAGUUCUUCAGCCUCGGGGAGGAAUAUUUUCUGGUUGUCGCCAACUCCUUUAAUGGAGAAUCCUACUCUCUCAACAGCAUUCUCUACAGGUGGCAGGGAUAUGAAGGAUUUGUUCCCAUUCAUUGGCUACCAACAAUUGGGUGCAGUGACUGGGAGUUUUUCAGCUCUAAAGGACAAUCAUAUCUGAUCUACUCUAGUGCCAGAGCGCCGCUGUCCAAAGUGUUCAUGCUGAAAACCUUCUAGACACAAAAAAAUGUGUGGAUUUGUUUAAUGUAUUCGUGUGUUUGUGUACAUCCAUUCUUUCAUUGUUUUUGUGUUCCUAUGUGGAUUUUUGUUUUCUUAAAUUGCUGAGUGAAAAAGCUUUUGAAGGCGUUGUAUAUGGAGAUAAUAUUUACAAUAACAUAUAAUUUAACAGUUAAUAUAAUUAAUGACAUGAGAAGAAUUAUUAGAGAGUUGGAAAUAUGGGGGCUAAAACACAGGUAAAGACAGCCUGUUAAAUGCCUAUAUUUCUGUAGAACACUUUAAUGUUCUAUAUAUAUAUAUAUAUUUAACAUUUGUACUAACUGGAAUACAUGUUCUCCCAUAGAAAACUUAACUGGACUGAUGAUUGCAUUUUGCUGGCUGUGUGAAUUAUAUAUGAAAAGACAGUAAAUUAUUGAAGUUUAA